AUGGAGUUUUCUAAGACCCACUUGUUUGUUACUUGCCUUCUCUUUCUAUCUUCUUCUUGUUUUGGUGAUCAAGGAUCCCCAAACAAACAGUCCACCAAGUUUGCUGAUCAACAUCGACUCUUGAAGCAUUGGAUCAAGAGGCAGGUUCUAAGCGGUCCAGAUGCUGAUCCUGCAAUUUAUGAAUCAAAGAGACAGCAGGUUCCUACGGGUCCAAAUCUUCUACAUAACUUCGCCCAACCGCCUGUGGAAGUGUUGGAUGAUCCUGCAAAGUAUGAAUCAAGGAGGCAGGUUCCUACCGGUCCAAAUCCACAACCGCCUGUAGAAGUGUUGGAUGAUCCUGCAAAGUAUGAAUCAAGGAGGCAGGUUCCUACCGGUCCAAAUCCUCUACAACCGCCUGUCGAAGUGUUGGAUGAUCCUGCAAAGUAUGAAUCAAAGAGGCAGGUUCCUACCGGUCCAAAUCCUCGACAACCGCCUGUAGAAGUGUUGGAUGAUCCUGCAAAGUAUGAAUCAAAGAAGCCGGUUCCUACCGGUCCAAAUCCUCUACAACCGCAUGUAGAAGUGUUGGAUGAUCCUGCAAAGUAUGAAUCAAAGAGGCAGGUUCCUACCAGUCCAAGUCCUCUACAACCGCCUGUAGAAGUGUUGGAUGAUCCUGCAAAGUAUGAAUCAAAGAGGCAGUUUCCUACCGGUCCAAAUCCUCUACAUAACUUCGCCCAACCGCCUGUAGAAGUGUUGGAUGAUCUUCCAAAUUAUGAUCUUAUGAGGCUCGUGCCUUCUGGUCCAAAUCAUGAAGAGUCUCCUGACGAAUCACCUUCAAAGGUAUAG